AUGCAUCCCACUUCACUCCUUGGACUCCUGGCCUUUGUGGCCGCGGCUUCUGCUAUGCCGACCCACAAGCGAUCCCAUGCUGCACACUCGUCAAGCUCUAUUCAGAAUUUAAAGAACAAGAUCAAAUAUGUUGUUGUUUUAGAAAUGGAGAAUCGCUCAUUUGAUAAUUUAUUGGGUGGUCAGACGCUCAAGGGUCUUGAAAACCCUAUAAAUAACGGGCCCUUCUGCAACCCUUAUAACGUCACCGAUGAUGGGCAAGGCAUAGUCUGCAGCCAGGCUAAAGAUAUGGACUCUAUAUUGGAUGACCCUGAUCACACGGUGACGGGAAAUAAUAUUGAGUUCUACGGCACCUUCACUCCAGAUAAUGAUGCCAUCUCAAGCGGCGAGUUAACUGCAUCUCAGAAAGGGUUUGUGUCUGAGCAGCUUCGCAUGUAUGAUGGGACCGAUGUGAAUAGGACAAAACUCGCGCAGGAGGUCAUUAACUACUACACUGAAGAUCAGUUGCCAGUCCUGACAAGCUUGGUGCAAAACUAUAUUACUUUUAACCAUUGGCAUUCAGAUCUCCCCGGGCCAACUGCUCCAAAUCGCGCCUAUGUGCUUUCUGGAACAUCUGCGGGCCACGGCACCAACGACGAUGCUUUUGAUUCUGAUAAGCACGGCCUCACCCAGCGCAGCAUCUUCCAACAGCUCAGCGAAACAAACCGAACCUGGAAGAAUUAUAUCACAGAUCCAGCAGAACAAAUGGCAGACGCACUAUUCUUUGACUGGACCUAUACCAGCGACAACCAGGGACUAGCUGCACCACUACCCGACUUCUAUACAGAUGCAGCAUCUGGCCACCUACCUGAUUUCAGCUUCAUCGAGCCGUCCUGUUGUGGCGUUGGCACAAACUCGAUGCACCCGACAGGACUCGUCUCAGAUGGUGAAGGCCUCAUUCGAGACGUGUAUAAUGCUCUCCGCGCCAGUCCUGCUUGGAACGAGACACUCUUGCUGCUGACAUUCGACGAGACAGGCGGUUUCCACGACCACGUCCCACCACCUCUGGCCCCUCGUCCCGAUGACCUGACAUAUACCGAGAAGGCUCCAAAUGGCGAGAAUUAUACUUUCUCCUUUGAUAGGCUUGGUGGUCGCGUGCCGACACUCUUGAUUUCGCCGUGGGUGGGUAAGGGUCUAGUUGAGCAAAAGGGGACUAACUCGGAUGGGGAAACGGUGUCGUACUCUGCUUCUUCGCUGCUGAGAACACUAGGGUAUCUGUGGGAGUUUGACCCAUUUACCCCGCGUGUUAGCGGCGCGGCGUCUUUUGAUCAUUUGAUUCAGCGUACCAAACGGACUGAUACACCUGCUUCGUUGCCGAGUCCGUCACCCUUUAGUGACUCGCUUAAGUCGCAAAACACACAGCAGCAGAUCAGAUAA